CCCCCUCUCAUUCUCUCACAUCACCUUCUUCUAUAUAACCACAACACAAUUUGGCAUCAAAAUUCAUACCUCAAAAUUCAAUAUUCCAUGGGAAUUCAAGCCAUGAAGGUUCAUCAACUGCCACGUGGACUCAUCUGGGAUCACGACCCCCCUUCCCUCUCCCUCGGCUGCAAACGCUUCCGCUCCCUCGCCCCCAAACUCUCCACCGCCGCCGCCGACACGCUCUCCUCCGCCACCUCCUCCUCCUUCGAUCUCAAAAGCUUCAUAAAACCCGAUCAAUGUAGUCCAAGAAACGUAGACAUUCACAAGAAAGAAUCAUCUCAGGUAGAGGCGGCGCAGCCAGGCGGAACGCGGUGGAAUCCGACGCAGGAGCAGAUCGGAAUACUCGAGAUGCUAUACCGGAGAGGCAUGCGAACUCCUAACGCCCAGCAAAUCGAGCAGAUCACGGCGCAACUCGGCAAAUACGGCAAAAUCGAAGGCAAAAACGUGUUUUACUGGUUUCAAAACCAUAAAGCGCGCGAGCGGCAGAAGCAAAAGCGCUCUAGCCUGGGCUUCUCUCCCUCUACACGAACACCGCCCCCGCCUCCCUUCCCCGAUCACGCUUCUUCCCUCUUCCUUUCGUUGCCCAAUAAGGAAGAGGAGAAUAAUCGUUAUAAGAGGAAGUGCGUUUUCGAUGAAGUGAGCAAAUAUUGUAGAGAAGAGGAAGAGGGAGGAGAUAGGACAUUGAAGCUUUUCCCUUUGCACCCCGAAGGGAGAUCUUCAUUCACGGAUUAAUUAGUCUUAAAUUUUUUUAUCUUCUUUUGCUUUCGAUUGGUGAUGGUAUCAUCUUUGUAGCUUCUUUAUCUCUGAUUUUCUUUGAAUAUGAAGGAAAUCUUCUCUUUGUGUUGAUCAAUUAUGAAUAAUUACUCCAUUCCUCCAUCA